CGGGUCACCUGUACAGCAAGAGCAAGAGCGUGUGAUGGUGUUGUGAGUGAGUGUGUUGCCUGUAUUGAAAAAUAAGACAGGAGAGACCGUUCAAGAGACUGCCCGCUGAAUAACAAGAGGAGGAACGUGGCACCGUUAAAAUAGUUAGUUUACCUCUUCCAGACAAUAAUAUUCAAAGAAAACAUUGUGAAUGCUAUAAUGAGGAGUGGAAAAAAUUAUUGGCAACAGCAACAACUAUACAAAAAGGAUGAAAGUUAAUAAUGAUUGGAGAUGCCACAAAGGAGGAAAAAAAUGCUGGAGAAAUAACUGUUAGUUCUUAUGAAUACAUGAAUAAAAUAACAAGACUUUGAAAAGGACGAACUUGAUAAAGGAAGGUUUUGAAAAAGUAAUCCCUCAGUAGAUACAAAUAUACUUGGCCAGAUCUUGAGUUUGAAGGGAGCUUGGUCUUGAACAUGCCCCUGGACAAGCAUUAUUACAUCAGGAUUGUGUCUCUGUUCACCUUGUUAGUGUGUAUUGUGACACAUGCCCAUGGACUUCACAUCAAGGGACAAUGGAGGACGGGAGACGAGUUCUUUCAUUUUUUAGCUAAAUUCGGAUUCCAAAAGACCUCCCCAAGAGAAAGGGAGCUCACUGAGGGCUACAUCUUUGGCAAUGUGACCAGCAAUAACAUUGAGGGUGCUGGCACCUUGGCCCUCCUGCCAAGGCAGUUCUUUGUGGACUUCUACAGGAACAGAACCAAGGCAACAACAGAUCGCAACUUGGCGUGUCAGUUGAUGUUUAAGGAUGUGCAAAAGGAAGCCUAUGAUGCCAAAUGCCAUGACUUGGGUCGUGAGGACUUCCUUCGAAGAGUGCCGUGCCCGAAGGACCAGCUGUGCCCCGAUGAGGACACUCCUUCCCAAGUGGUUCAUGGGACGCAGCUGACCUAUGCCAUCCAGGACAUCAAUAACCCACGGUUCUGGUACCUGAGCUUUGUUGCGUGUGUUUGGAACUCAACAACGUGUAUAUGGGAGAGUCCAGACCACACUGCCACCCUCAGCUAUGAGCUCACUCUCGUCAAUGGCGAUCCCAAUGCUGCUGAUCACAACCCUUUUGAGUACCAGUUUUCCUUCGACAAGCAGGACACAGUGGAGAUCUACUUGGUGUGUGUGGUAUUCUACGGGUGCAUUCUGGUGCCCCUUCAAGCCUAUGCAGCGUGUCGCCAGAUCCACCCCAUCACGCGGCUCUUCACGGCAGUCCUUGUGGUACAGUUGGCAGGCUUGCUCUUCGACACUCUGCACUUGCUGGUUUAUGCCUUUGAUGGGGAAGGCAACGAGGGAAUCAACAUUGCUGGAGACCUCUUCAACAUCUUGGCACAGUCACUGUUCAUGAUGCUGCUGCUGCUGCUGGCCAAGGGCUGGGCCAUCACACACAUGAUGCUGACCCGCCGUGUGUCACUGUUCACCCUCUGGGGUCUCUACUCCAUCCUCAUCCUAACCCUUUAUUUCUGGGACAUGAUGGAAGUGGACGUGAUUCAGGAUAUCGAUGAGUACCAGACGUGGCCCGGCUGGCUGACCCUGGGGCUGCGGGUGCUCAUCAUGGUAUGGUUCCUGGGGGAGUUGCGGCACACCAUGACCUACGAACACAACACCAACAAGCUACACUUCUUCCUGCACUUUGGGGCCGCCACACUGGUCUGGUUCAUCUACUUGCCCGUGCUGGCCCUCAUAGCACUCCUGAUGCCGCCUCCCUGGAGAUAUAAAGUUCUCUUAGGGUUCACAUACUCAGCUGAUCUAUUGGCCCACACCUUCAUGACCUAUCUCCUGUGGCCAGAGAGAUCAGAGCAAUACCUGUUGUUGGCCUAUGAGGAAGAUCUGUCCAAUGAACUAGAGGAAUUCAAUGAGGCACCUCAUGUCCUCAACCACCACUCAGACACGACGCUCCCAACGCUGCUGUGUGACUCAGACUACACCUACUCCACGCUGCUCAAAAUUAAUGCUUGAGGCAGUGUGGCCAGCGGGUCCGAAGGGUCACAAUGAAGGUUUGUGAUAUAAUUUACUGAUAACUGUGUAGGUAUGACUUUCUGUGCAAUGGAGGGAAUGUAGUAGAGAUGAUGGCAAUGGUAGGAGUAAUAUAUGAAAUAUGCAGGAAGAAGUGAGUGUUGCAUAUGUUAGUGAUGUGAAGGUGAGGUCCUGAGCAGAGGUAGUUUGUGUCAGGAUCCCUACACUGGUGUGUCAGACAUGACUAUCAACAGGGUAAAGUUGACUGGCUUGGGUAGACAUGUUAAGAAGUAGAGUCCAGAUGGUAAGAUUUCGUCACUUAUUUGUGGAGUACUAGAGUGUGUGUGUGCCAAAAAAGUGUUGAUGAGGUUUUGAUAUUGUAAAUAUUUGAUCUAUAUUCAUACUUUUUCAAACAUAUGUUUGUAACAGUUGAAAGGCUUAUGAAGCCAAGUUUCAUAGGUUGGUGUUGAUGCUCUAUGUGGGGUGCUGUGUGAAUGUUGGAGCCAAACAGUAUUCAUUACCUACUGUCUGUGUAUACUUGUGUCAAAGUUGAUCCCUGUAAAGGUUGACCCUCAAGGCCAUGAUCUGUUAACUGAGGAGUAAAUUUAACCCCCCUAAGAAAGCAGUGUCCAUGUAAAUAUUGACCUCCGAAGAUCAACCUGAAAAGCCAUUCAGGAAAGUCUACUUCUACAUGAGUGUAUGUGGUAUUACUCUUGGUGCACUUUAGUGUCUCUUCACACUUGGAUGUGUAUUUCACACAAAAAAGCUGCACUUUCUGUGUACUUAGAAAGGCUGUAGUUUGUCUUUCUGAUGGCGUAUAACAAUUAUACAUAGCAUUUAGUUGGCCAACAUAUUGUUCCUCCUACUGUAGUCUUCAUUUAUUACCUGUUUCCUCAGGACACUUCCUUGAACACUUAGGCAACCCUUACUUUGUCAAACCUAGCAGUGAUCAAUUCUCAGUUAAGGAAUUACUACUUUUUUAUUAUGAAUUAUCGUAUGUGACGGCUCAUAAGACACAUGGGCUUAUAAGAUGCACCCCCCAAUUUCAGCAGGCAGUUGAAAAAAAAAUAAUAAAAGGGUUUGAACUAGGAGUGUAACCUGAUAUUCAUAGCCCUCCCCACUAUCAAGCCAUUUUUAGUGUUUCGCAUGUAUUCUGAUCCAAAUUAAAUACCGAUACUUUACAUUUAAAGACCUUCAUAUUUGCUGGUACCUACCAGAAUUGAUCUUUCUUAAAGACCUGAGGGUACUGCUUUGAGAUGUAAACAGACAUGGCAGAAACGGCAACAUUCAGAGGGUUAACAGGUGUAAAGUUUGUGCAUCAUUUAUUUUUUUAUUAUUAUUAUUAUUAUUAUUCUACAUCAUAAUUUUAGUUGUUGUAAUAGUGCAGUUUAAUUUAAGUGCCAUUGCUGCACUAAAACUUCACUAGCCAGUGACUCAAAGCGGGUGAUUUUAAGGGACAUUUUUUUGGGAAAAAAAGUGUCUAAUAAGCCGUCAAAUACGGUUAUACAGCAAUGGUUGUUACAUUUUUCUCCCUUUUUUCUGAGAGAUAUUAAUGAGGCAUUUAUAUUUAUCAUAUCAAUGUGUACAUAAAAUAUUAUAUAAUGCAAGAUUAAAGGAUAAAGUGCAGUUUUGUUGAAUUUUAUUUAAAAGACUCAUAUUCAGUUAAAGUUUAAUCCAUGUUUCCACCACUCAGCACAAUACUCUUAAUGUUGCACUCUGCUCUGCCCCUGAAACCCAGCAGUUGUUGUACUCAUUACAAUCAUCCCACAAUUGUUGCAAGAGUUACUUGAAAGUACAAAUCCACAAAAAGAGUGUUUCCCCCAUCCUGAGGCCCUAUGCACCCUAUGGUAGCCUACAACCAUUGCAUUAGUGACAUUACUUAUCAUCUAGGCAUAUCAUAGAACUAUCCAAUACAUUAUAAACAGUAUUAUGCAUCCACAUCAUGGUGCUUUGAAAGGGGAAUUCUGAUCAAGGGGAGAAUUGCAGACUUCAUGAAGGGAACAAGGCAUUACAGCUAGAUGACAGAAUAGCCUUGGAAGUCCUACAAAAUAAGAUAUGAAUUUCAAAAGCAAUCUGUGGUUUAGUUGUAGGAAAAAAAUGGUUGCAAGCAAAUUUAAUCUAGUGAGUCAAUUUGAUCUUCAAAAGAAUAUUUUAAUCAGUUUACAUUAUAAGCAUAAUAUAGGGUUGUAUGUGCCCUUGUGUUGCAUAUUAGUUGGGCUGCAUGUGUCUGUAGAGUAAUGUAGAUAUGUUUUCUUAGCCUUGGGAUACUUAGUAGAGUCUUCUGGUACAACCUCCAGUAUCACUAUUCCACCUAGUCUCGGGCUUUAUGUUUGUGCAUUAAGGUUUUGUCUGGUACAUGAACACUGGAUACCACUGAAUGCCUCAUGAAGUAUCAUUUCUAUCGUACAUUCAGGCCCAGUUUUAGGAAUAAGUAAUACAUGCGACCACUUGGGGCCCACUAUAAGGCGUCUGGAGGAGAAAGGGCAAGGACAAAGCCAAUUUUUUCUAGUUUAUACUGGGAAAGGCAGACUGCACAUCCCAGGAAAAGCAAGAUUUAAGUUGCAAGGGAACAGUAACCCAUAGUACACCAAAUACAAGGUUGCUUUUCCCAUGCAACUUGUUUCUUGUUCCUUCUGUGAGAUGUAGCCUACUUUUCUUACUGCAAACUAGAAAAAAACAGCUUUGUCCCCAACACCCCUUCUCCUCCAGAUGCCUUAUAUUUAUUAAGAUCAUGCAUCUCCUGGGGGUCCCAACAAAUAUUUUAUGAUCUUGUAGCUAUGUUAAUCAGCAUAGGAGGGAAUACAUUGGAGGGCCCUAACAUAACCCCACUCGGAGCUCCCAGGAGACUAGAACCGGCACUUUGUCUGUAUUUACAUUCCUUUCAGCAUUUUUAUUAUUUCUGAGGUAAUGAAAGAUUUGUGAGGAAUUAAUAGUUUUGGAAGGAGAAAUACAUGUUAACAGCACAACAUCAUAUAUUUUGGUUGUGAUGAACGGCUUAUAUUUAAAACCUUUUUUCCAUUACUGAGCAGCAUUCGUAAAUAUGGAGUAGGGUGCGGUGGACACAACCCGUACUACUAGUGGGAAAAUAUUCAUUAAAAAUCUGUAUUUGCCCUAACAGGCAAAACAAAGAGUGCAUAAUACUCCUCAGGAAAUGGGCUUCCUUUAUGAGUAUCUGUUGAGCUUCCCCAGAGAAUAUUUUUUCUCAAUAAGAUUUUUUUUCUUCUUUUUUUCUUUAUUUAUUAUUUUUUUUAUUGCUGUACGGUUUGUGACCAGGGGGUCACGGCUCGUACAUGAGGUGUUCACAGCCCGUACUACUUUAUAAAUAAAUUUCUUGAAAAUCUGGCUUUGCAUCAAGACUCAAACCCAAAUGCCUAAAGCAACCCUCAGGCUGUGGGCUUCCUUUGAGAUAUCAGUUUAAAUUGUUUGGACUUCCAACUCUGCAAGUGAUGACAGUGUUUUAACUCAUAAUUUUUAGGUGGUUUUCUGUGCUCGUCAAAUGUAACCAGGCUUUACAAUAACAUUUUGCGUCGACUAGCUGUACGACUCGUGAACUACCCACAUGUUUGUUUACGGGAUUCCCACGAACACAGAAACUCAGCACAACAAUAUCUUUCCAUGCUAAUAUCUUUUCAAUAUGAUCAUAUUUGCCAUGGAAACCUUCACUAGCAAAGUUAUGACAUAUUCACAAUCACCAUACACUAUACUACGAGGCGAGAAAAUUGCAUCAGACAACUCAAAAAUUUAAAAACUCGCCUAGCAUUGUCAGGCGUGAGGCUUGCGGCACAAGAUGGCUGCGUCAGCUGUUGGUGUCCCAUUGUCUUUCUUCUGUGGGAAGGAAUACUUUCCUCGAUGAUUUGCUUCGAUAAGGCGACCUUUGUACGUCUCGUGACCGUGUACGAGUUAUGUCCACCUCACCCUACAUCAUGAUAUUACAAAAGGAUAAUAUUAACAUGCAAUUGUAAAGAGAAUACAAACUCUUGGUAAUUUGUGGAGCUGAAUUACAUAGAUUUAAGGAAUCCUCUUCACUCACAAAGGGAAUGUUGUAUAAUUGAAAUAAUUACUUGAUAUCUUGGUCAUAGGGAUUAAAGAUUAAUCAAUUUAUAUCAAUGAUAAAAAAAUAUGUAACCGAAAACACCUCUUUUGUAUAUAGUAUUUAUUGAUGGCAUUACACUAUUGCAAGUCAGGCUUUAUAGAGCUUAAUCUCUUCUUACUUGUACAGGGAACUUCUUCUAUGCAAUCUUUCAGUAUACGAUCUGAAGAUUUUGAUGAUUUGAUCUCAUUUUCCAUCAUUCAUGUUAUUGUGACCAUUACAGUUGAACAUUAUGCACAUACAAAUGGCUGGGGAAGUAUCUUUAUUGAUCAGAGUGUUUAUUGUUUUCCAGUUGGCUGAGCCAUUAUCAUGAAUUUAAAACACUGAAAUCAUAUAUUUGUCAGACUUUGUGUUAGUGUUGGCCAGCAUCUCAGUACUAGUCUUUACAAAUUUUCAAGGGAGUUGCUUUACCAGCAGAACAUUUGCUAGAGUGCAGAACCUCUGUCUUUACUACAUUUGUUUAGUUUACUUUUCCACAUUUUCACUCAUAUUCUCAGCACAUUUAUGUAGAGAACCACAAUAUCUAAGUUAUAAACUCCUGUAUUUGCUGUAUAGAGACAGUGUUUCAAUAAACUUAUGGUUUUAUAUGUAUAGCACCUGUAUAGAAUUUUUGGUUUUGCCAUGCACCAUGAAAGGGCUUCCUUAGAAGAAUGUAAUUUAUGUACUAUGUGGAAUUUGCACCUGUGUAUGGUCUGCUUCCUGGCAUAGAUAGUCACUCACAGACUGCUGAAUUUGAGCAAGAGUGCCAGAGUGAAGCAGCAAAAGAGCCUCUAGAGCAGUGGUUCUUAAACUGGGGGGCAUUAGUAAUUUCCAGGGGGGUGCAAACCCUGGAAGUAAAAUUGGAGCUUCUGUUGUUUGAGUAUUUGUUUCUUAUUUGUAUCUUAUCUUAACAAGAUCAUUUGUAAAGAUUGAGAAGUUUAUAAAAAAACAUUAUCACCUUUAUUAACUUUAGUUUUUACAGUCUAGUUAGGCUUACCAUUUUUAAUAAACCUGGCAGUGAAUUUUAUCUGUAUGUGCUAGGGGCCAUGGGAGGAAGGAUAUAAGGACCAAGUUCAUUUUUCUGUUGUAGGAUGAGGUUUGAACUCAAGUGUUUUAACCUAUAGCUUUAUGCCAAGGACAGACAUCAUGAUUGUUACCUUAUAUCUUCUCAUAUGGCAGUAUAGUGAGUGAACUUGAGUAGUGUUGUGUAAUGAGGCAGUGGAAGGGAUGGAGAUAGGCACGAACAGGGUAUUAGAGGGCAGAAGACCAUAUAUUGGUUACCUUUUACUAUAUCAUAUGGUGGCAUAUAGUCCAUUUCAUUCCAUCUGUCCACUUGCAAACGUAGUUGUGGCACCUGCACAUUGUGACUGUGAGUUCAUGAUUGCGUGAAGAUCAAGUUUAUAUUCUCAGUGAUAUAUUUGAAUGUUUGUGUAUACAAAAAAAACUCAAGCCCUCUUAUAUGAACCACAAACCAAUCUGCAAACAUGCCAUUUUGCAUCGAUAAUAUGCCAUACAAGCACAGGAAAGAACAGCUUGUAUAUCAAACAGUAUAGUCUGAUCAUACUCGAACGAUUUAUACUCUUUCAGAUACCCAUAUUUCAUCUCAUUCAGGUAUAUAAAGUGAUAUCUGGCUCUGCAAGUGUCUAUGCAUAAGGAAUUUUGAUGCGUUGCAUGUAAAUAACAUGGGUAACCUAAUAUUCAAAAUAGCCUACCAUGGAUCGCAUUCAACACUUUUUAUUUAUUGUUUCAUAUUAUUUCAAUUAUUAAUAGUUAUUUACAUGCAAUAAAUCAUUAAAAUACCCUUUAUUUGCACUUGCAGAGCCAGAUGUCUUUUAAUAUACCUGAAAUGUGCUAUCAAUCAAUGAAUUUGAAAAACCAUAGAUCGUUCGAGCAUGACGUGACUAUGUUAUUUGAUACAAGCUUGUCUUUUCGUGUGGUUGUGUGUUAGCUUAUGAGUGAUGCAAACGACUGAGUUGUUUUUUCUAUACAUAAACAUUCAAAUAUAUUAUUGAAAAAUAAGCUAGACUGCAUCACGACAGUUGAUUUUCCCGUAUUCACAAACUAGAAAUGCGCAGGUGCCACAUUCAUUGAAAUUCCCGCUUUGUUGGUGGACAGAUGAAAUGAAACAGACUAUAGUGGUGCACUAGAGUAGAGUACUGUUCAGUGAAGCAGUGGAAGGGAUAGAGGUAUGCAGUUAGUAGUUUAGAAGAGGUCCUUAGCUCUAGAAGGGACCAUGCGAUUCUGGGCCACAAGUUGAAAGGAGUAAUGCAGACAAUAGGAAAGCAUUAGGUAUUAUGGUAUGGUAGGUAUGCUGUUAAUAAGUUCAGAAGAGGUCCUGAUCUCUAGAGGGAACUGUGUGAUUCCAGGCCACAAACUGAUAGAACAAUACAGAAGACUGGAAUGCAAUAGGUAGAAGGUAUUUUUUUUUCUAUUUUGUAAGGGGGAAUGAGUUCUAGUGACUCCUAAUAUAAUAUUUUUGUCAGACAAAAGAAAAGUGUUUGUCAGAGAUUUUUAUUCGUAUUUUCUCAAGCACUAUAUGUAAUUUGAAAGCAAAAACCCUAUAUCACUUCUUCAUCUUUUCUUCCUUCUCUCCAUUUUCUUUUUUCAUUCUUUUCUUGUUCUUCUUUUUCAUUUUUCAUUUUUUUUUUACUUUCCCUUCCUCUUUUUCAUUUUUUUUCUUCAUUUUCUUUCUUGUGUUCUUCUUUAUUGUUUUGCUCAUGUACUUGUUCUUCGUCUUCCUCUUCUUUUGCAUUUUUUGACACUGACCUGAAUUGAGAACAGAAUGUUUGUCCUGAGUCAGCACCCAGACAAUGCAGAGUCAGACUGAUGUUGAUAUCCCUAUGAAGCUUAGUGUAGUGACCUCAAUCUUAUGUAUAAAGGCUGUUGAACAUUUCUCACUCCUCCAAAGUUUAUUAAUUGCUCAAUGUAUUUUUUCCAAGAAUAAUAAAAUGCUUGAUACCCACUG